ACGCAGGACCCGUUUUACUUCACGUGUGUUUAGUUUGAGGUGUAGCAGCCUGGAAUAACAGUUUAUAUCGCAUUUUUAAAAAAAAAUAUUUAAUCUACAAACCGCACAGUUUAUCCAGGAUGAGCUCUCAGAUCACUUGUGUCGGGUGGGUGAAACGAGGCGUUGCCAAGGAAACCCCGGACAAAGUGGAGUUGAGCCAAGACGAGCUGCAGCGCAUCAUCGCUGAGACAAAAGAAGAGCUGGGGGAACUGGCAGCUGAGGAGGAAGAGGAGGAAGAUGAGGGUGUGUCUCUUGAACAGAACCGCAGCAACGUCACAGCUGAUGAUGCUGAAGCUCCAAAGGAUGAAAAUGAGGAAGAUGAUGAGCUCGCAGAGUACGGCCUGGACAAAUACGACGAAGAGGAUACAGUGACGGCUAAUCUUGGCGACAGCCUCGCUGGUCUCACAGUGUUCAGCUCCAAUGAGGAGGAUCCUUACAUCACCAUCAAAGACACAGACCAGUAUGAGCGAGAAGACUUCCAAAUCAAGCCCGGUGACAACUUGAUCCUGGCAGGCAAAGCAGAGAAGGACUGCUGCAAUUUGGAGAUCUUUGUUUAUAACUCUGAGGAGGAUUCUCUGUACGUUCAUCAUGACAUUCUGCUGCCAGCGUAUCCACUGUGUUUGGAGUGGCUGAACUUUGACCCAAACCCCGGCGAAGGAGCAGCCAACUACGCCGCUGUGGGCAACAUGACUCCUCAGAUAGACGUGUGGGAUCUGGAUGUUGUGGACUGUUUAGAGCCAGCUUUCUCUCUGGGGAGUAAAAAAGCUUCCAAGAAGAAGAAGAAGAGCAAAAAGCAGGGGGCAGCAGCUGAGCCCGUGGAGGGCCACACGGAUGCAGUGCUGGAUUUAUCCUGGAACAAGCUGGUCAGGAACGUGUUGGCCAGCGGAUCUGCAGAUGAGACCGUUAUCUUGUGGGAUCUGGCUCAGGGAAAACCAGCCACAACUCUGCACAGACACACUGACAAGGUCCAGACGCUAAAAUUCCACCCGUUUGAGGCUCAGACUUUGAUAUCAGGAUCAUAUGACAAGACAGCUGUUCUUUACGACUGCCGGAGUCCAGACAGCAGCUAUCGGACCUGGAGGUUCAGCGGCCAAGUGGAGCGUCUGGUCUGGAACCACUUUUCACCCUAUAACUUCCUGGCCAGCACAGAGGACGGUUUUGUCUACUGUCUGGAUGCUCGUUCAGAUAAACCCGUGUUCACGCUGAGGGCUCACGAUGAAGAAGUGUCAGGUAUGGACCUCAGCAGCCAGAUUAAAGGAUGCUUGGUCACCUCGUCAGCCGACAAACACGUCAAGAUUUGGGACAUUUUAGGCAACAAACCCAACAUGGUCCACUCCCGGGACAUGAAAAUGGGAGUUCUGUUCUGCGCUUCAUGUUGCCCCGACCUGCCCUUCGUCUACGCCUUUGGAGGACAGAAAGACGGUUUACGAGUUUGGAACAUCAGUGACAUUGCAGCAGUGACUGAGGUGUUCGGAAGCCGAGACCGCUUGGUGGCAAAUACAGGAUCUCAGGCGUCGAGCUCUGCAGCCACAGCAGACAUGGAAGUCUCGUAGUGAUGCAGCAGCAGCUUGUAAACAUGAACAAACUGAGCUUCUGUGGACACACGUGAAGCUGCUCUGCUUGUGCCUCAUCGUUCACACUGCAGCGUCUGGUUCACAGGAAGAGGAUUGGAUUCGAUGGCGCUGCACAGAAACACCGACCAAAGUGUUUGCAAACCAGGCUGAAAGGACUCAGACGUUUUUCAGCUUUUUGUUCAGAACAGUAAAGAAGCAGUGAAGCUUAUAUUCUUAUUAAUGAAUUUAUUUUUUGAUUGUUAGGUGAAGGCAGUGAUUCAGAUAUUUGAACUGUUCGUUACUUUAAGAUCUGCUUCAGUUUCUUUGUACAUUACAAAUGUAAUAUGCUAGUAAGAUUAUUUUCACAUGAAAAACCUCCAAGAACAGAGUAACAGUGUGGUGUUGUAUACCUGGGUUUCCUGGUAAUGAGUAAAGGUAAAAUAAAACAUUAAAAGAAGACAUUUGGCCAGUGUCAUGAAAAAUGAUCAGCUGUUUAAAGUGCUGCAUAUUCAAUAAAUAAAAGGAGUUUAUAAAAUUUGUAAA